ACUUUACCCCCCACGUGGGCUCGGGUGACGCACCCGCAGUCCGGCCGUACCGCAAAUUGACCAAUGGAAAGAGCUGGAGGAUCGGAAGAGAUUCUGGUCCUCCAACCAAUCCGAGCGCGGGUUUUGUCCCAAUGGCUGCGCGGAGCUUUCCCCAUUGUCUGAACGCGGAUGUUGGACAAUGAGCUUGUGAAUCUGCUCAUUACUGCCCAGCAAAACUGCUGCUCCUCCUCUCUCUCCCCCUCCCCCUCUCCCCCUCUGAAUACAGACUUAGCUUCACACGCACUCAAACCUCCUCCUGUGUCCAACAUCUGAUAUUAGGAGGGGAGGAUUUGCCGAGAGAAAUCGCAAGCCAAACGUCACGUUGAGACCUGACAGGGUCACUCAAUUCAUUGGGAUCUUAAUACCAUUGGUCUAUGAACUUAGAAGGGGAAACGUUUGUCUGUCCUGUCUGCUUCAAACAGUUUUAAACGUCAGUGUGACUGGAAAAGCAGCACGAGACAGUCACACCUGAGUGAGAUUGUUCCAGUGCACCGACUGUGCUUUAAUCAGUCAGACGGCCUGAAAAAAACACCGUACCAUUUACAGCGAGGCGAGAUCGCAUGUGCAUUUUAUGUGUAGAUGAGGCUUCAACUGAUUGUCAAACAUGGAGGGUCACAAGGACACCCGCACUGUGGAGAAACCAUGGAAAUGCGGGGACUGUGGGAAGGAAUCCCGCUCUCCGUCGGAGCUGGAGAUUCACCGCCGCAGCCACACCGGGGAGAGGCCGUUCACUUGCUAUCAGUGCGGAAAGGAAUUCAGUAAUUCAUCCAACUUAUUUACACACCAGAGAGUUCACAUUGAGGAGAGGCCGUUCGCCUGCUCUGAGUGCGGGAAGGGAUUCAGAUCUGCAACUAAGCUGGAGAUUCAUCGAUGCAGUCACACCGGGGAGAGACCGUUCACCUGCUCUGCGUGUGGGAAGGGGUUCACGCAUUCAUCUGCUCUGCUGACACACCAGCGAGUUCACACCGGGGAGAGGCCGUUCACCUGCUCUGUGUGUGGAAAGGGGUUCAGUGAUUCAUCCACCCUGCGGAACCACCAGCGAGUUCACACCGGGGAGCGGCCGUUCACUUGCUCCAAGUGUGGGAAGGGAUUCACUCGGUCGUCCAACCUGCUGGCACACCAGCGUGUUCACACCGGGGAGAAGCCGUUCACCUGCACCGUGUGUGGGAAGCAAUUCGCUCAGUCAUCCCAUCUGCUGAGACACCAUGUCACUCACACCAACGAGAGACCCUUUAAAUGCUCCGACUGUGGGAGUGGCUUCAAAAGUGCAGUGGAUCUGAGGGUCCACCAGCGCAUCCACACUGAGGAGAGACCGUUCAGCUGCUCUCGCUGCGCAAAGAGCUUUAGAACGUCAUCCAGCCUUCGGACACACCAACGUAUUCACACCGGGGAGAGGCCGUUCACCUGCUCUGUGUGUGGGAAGGGAUUCAGUGAUUCGUCCGCCUUGUGGUCACACCAGCGAGUUCACACCGGGGAGAGACCGUUCACCUGCUCCGACUGUGGGAAGGGAUUCAGUAAUUCAUUCAACUUGCUGACACACCAGCGAGUUCACACCGGGGAGAGACCAUUCAUCUGCUCUGAGUGUGGGAAGGGAUUCAUUCAGUCAUCCAACCUGCUGAGACACCAGCGAGUUCACAAGUGAUUACAGGGGUUAGUUGCUGCUGUUAAGCACAUUCAGAAAUGAGCCAUGUUCAUCCUGACAGCUGGUGAAGUGGGAGGGUCGGGGAGCUUCUUUCUGCUGGACUGGCCGGUCUCACGACUUUGCUUCCAGUGGCUGAUGCACUUUGAGCCUGGGACCGCCUGUUUCUACUGAAAUGGUCCACAAAAGCUGAUGAAGGACAUUUAUUUUAUCUUGAAUAGUAAAUAGUGUUUUUCCUAUACUACAGGUAAACCUAAAAUAAAUACAUUUGUCUCUGUUCCAGCACAGGGCCAGGCCAGUCAGCUCAAUUGCCCUAUUUAUGCUCCACAUGAGCCUCCACCCACCCCUCUUCAUCUCCCCCCAUUCCAUCAGCAUAUCCUUCUAUUCCUUUCUCCCUCGUGUGUGUAUCAUUUCCCCUUAAAUGUAUUCAUGCUAUUCACCUCAACCACUCGCUGUGUAAAGAGGUUUCUCAAGAAAUCCUUAUUGGAUUAUUGAACCCCUUCAUCAUCUUAAAAGACGUCCAUCAGGUCACCCUUCAGUCUUUUCUAGAGAAAAGCAGCCCCAGCCUUUCCUGAGGGUUAAAUGCCCUCAGUUCUGUUAUUGUGAAUCAUAGAGUCAUAGAGGUCUCCAGCACAGAAAAAGGCCCUUCGGCCCAUCGAGUCUGUGCCGGUCAAACAAGUAUCUAACCAUUCUAAUCCCAUUUUCCAGCAC